AUGGCCGACCGCAAGAUUGUCCUCAUCACUGGCGCUAACAAGGGGCUCGGUUAUCAAGCUGUCAAAACCCUUCUGGGAUCAAAGCAGAAGUACCACGUCUUUCUUGGCAGUCGCGACUUUGACAAGGGUAGAUCUGCCGCGGAGACGGCGAUUGCGGAAGUCAAGUCACAUAGCACCGUUGAACCACUUCAGCUUGACAUUGAGAGUGAUGCUUCCAUCAAGGACGCAUUCGAAACGGUCAAGAGCAGAGUCGGCAAAAUCGAUGCGCUGAUCAAUAAUGCCGGCGUUAUGCUUGAUCAACAAAUUGAACGCGGCAACAUGACUGUCCGCGAGGCGUACAACAAGUCGUGGGAUAUCAAUGUCACCGGUGCUCACAUCCUUACAGACACCUUUCUCCCACUUCUCCUGAAGUCGUCCGACCCGCGUCUCAUCUUCAACACCAGCGGAGUGUCCUCGCUGACGAACGCGGCGGAUUCAUCCCACUUCACCUAUAAGGUUCCCCCUGCUGGAGCGCCAAAGCCUGUUGGCACCAUCUCCUAUAGAGCGGCCAAAGCUGGACUGAACAUGGUCAUGCUCGAGUGGGUGCGAAUGCUGAAGAAUGAUGGUGUUAAGGUUUGGUGUGUGGCUCCAGGCUUUUUUGCUACCGAUAUAGGAGAGGGUGACCCUGAUUCGAUGAAGAAGAUGGGCGCGGGGGAUCCCGCUGGCGGAGGCAAGGCUUUGGUUGACGUCCUGGAAGGAAAGAGAGAUGCUGAUGUUGGCAAGGUGGUCAAUAUGGCAAUUUACGGUACUCCUGUUCAACCUUGGUAG